AUGCCUCGCGCAAGCACAACGCCUGGGGCCCGGCUACGGUGUCGCCGAGCAUGCGACAGCUGUAAGCGGCGAAAGCAGAAAUGCAACGGCGAGCAACCCUGCACAAUCUGUGUGCAACGGCACAAGCAGUCCGAAUGCCACUUUUCGGAUCGCCCCGCGCGUCUCCUCAAGCCCGACCCCAAAGAUUCGACCAUGCUACUCAGCGAACGAAUAAUCCCAUCGCCACAGCGGGAAACCGCGAUGGAUCGCCUCUUGAAUUCCUUAGAGGACAGAGGCAUGAGUUUGGAGCAACAGGUCCGAGACGAAAAAGAGGGGACGGCGCCCGUUCCCAAGGUGGCGCGUCUGCUUCGCGAUGGGCAGGGAAAGUUCAUGUAUAUUGGAGACUCGGCAAGUCUGUCAUUCUUACAAAGUGUUCGCCGAGUGGUAUCCUCGUCCAUUGGCCGAUGCGAAUUUACCGAGGACAAUUCGCGACACUCGAUGCUGGAAGCCUUUCAGAACAACCCAAGUGCCCAUCCGGGCCCGCUCGUCCCCCCACCCAGCAAUGAGGAAGCUCACAGACUUGCCCGCCAAUACGUUCUUGCGACAAGUCCAUUAUUGGAUUUGGUUGAUCUCGAAGAGUUCCACCCCCGACUGGCCAGUUGGGUAGAGAAUCCCUCGGGCGACGAAGACACCGUCAGCUCCAUCUUCUACCUCGUGCUUGCUAUUGGAGCUCAGGUUUCAGAUACCAACCAGACCCUGGCAGAGCAGUACUUUAGCAGUGGCCGUCAAUUGGCGUUUUCGGCGUUCCAAGAGACGCCUAGUAUUCAUACCAUUCAGUCCUAUAUCCUGGUGUCGAUGUACAUGCUGGGCGCAUGCAGGCGAAAUGGUGCCUUCAUGAACCUGGGAAUCGCUUUACGAGCCGCUUAUGCGGUUGGAAUUCAUCGAAGGGAUGCCAAUGCGCUCUUUUGUGGGCGCGAGCGACGAGCGAGAGAGCGGGUGUGGAAAAGUCUCCGUAUGAUGGAUUUGUUCCUCAGUGCCUCGUUAGGGCGCCCCCCUGCAACGUCGGAUUAUGAUUACGAUAUCCGAGAAGACGCUCUUGCAUCCGGAGAGCAACAAGGCAAUCUGACUCCGGAUAAGCAGCUUUCACUUGCGGUGACCUCGCUAUGUCGCAUUUUCGAACGAAUUCUCACGGACGUCUAUAUGAAACAAGUCAUCUCGAUCAACGUUGCGGAAUCUAUCUCGAAUCAACACCGUGCUUGGGUCCGAACACUGCCAAAGUUUUUGAAAGAUCAGACAGAACGGCUCGAUAAUAAAACCAUGCAGGACAGUUUGGCAGCGGCCCACGUAUUUGGGUCAUAUUAUUGGUCCAUCAUCCUCCUCACACGACCAUUCCUCGUCUACCGCGUGGCCCAGUAUGUUAAGAACAAAGCCGAUCCGUCUGCAUCGGAUGGAAGAACUGGUAGCUCUCGCAUUGCCUUAUUUGCGGAUGCAUGCGUCUACUCUGCGCUUCGAGGCUUAGAUGUGGUCGAUGACUUGGGCCGAUUUACAUCGCUGCCACGCCGCCUCCCAUUCUUAAUCAAUUCUGUCUUCAAUUCAGCCGUUGUUCUCGGCGCCGCAUUCUUUGCUGACUACGACAAUCUAUUGCCCCUUGAAGAGGGGAUGAUCAAAGCAGAACGUUUCCUUGGACUCUUUGUUCCGCAUGACCCCCAUGCGUGCCGCUUUAGCCACAUUAUAAAGUACCUUCGCGCUGCUGUGGGUGAGUAUAUCCAGCGACGUAACCGGCAAUGGAUGGACCACAGAAGCAGGCAAGUCGAUCAACUAUUCGGUCAGGUUGGCGGUGCCAAUUCCCCAUCUCUCACAUCCGGGUCCGCUCACGAUGUUCCACUGAAUCACCCUGAGAGCCAGCAAUCUCCGGUUGUGCCUUCUCCAAUCUCACCUAGCAAACUCGCUGGUAGAACACCAUCAUCUUUCCUCACCUCACAGCCACCAUCUGGGCCCACUUCCCAACAGCUUGGUGGCGACGUUUGGGAUUCCCUUUACAACGGCCCAGAUGGAGCAGCCGCUCUCUCAUACGACGCUGCUAUAUCUGCUCUGACCACCUCGGGCAUUCCCGUCGGUUGCUCUCCGGGUGGCACCAUUCCAACCGCACAACCACCAGCAUCUGGUGGCCCAUCACCACUAUCUGACGUUAUCUUUCCUGAGAAUGGUCUGUUGUAUAUGGCCGAAGACCUUCCCGUGUUUGGGCUCUGGGAGGAGUCUUGA